UGCAUCUCUAAAAAUAAACACGAGAACCCGUAAGAAACAUGCAAGAUUUGACAAGAAAUUAUGAUUAUGAUCAAGUUUUCAAUUUGACUAAAGUACCAUAGAUUUCUUCAUUUUCUUGGAAGUGGGUCUUUUUGUACCCAAGCUACAGCCUGGUCUCCAGCUGAGGGCACCAAUAUCAAUCUUUGAACUCAAUGUUGGGUUCCCAAUCUCUCGACCCUUAGGAACAUUAUUCAGGGCCUGUUAAAUUACGAUGAAGUGAAUCUCCGUCUUUCAGACAUAUGGACAGGCCAAGGAUAGGAUUGGGGUUAAUGUUGAGGAACAUAGGGAAUUCAGUGGUGCAACAUAACUUUCGAGAAGCAAACAAAGUAGCUGAUUGUUUAGUAAAACUAGGUGCCAACUUAAAUCUGCCUGGAACUGUAAUCUCUCUCCGUUCUCCGCCUCUUGCUGCCGCUACUCAUCUGGCCGACGACGUUGAGGGAAUUGUUAGUACUCGUUUAGUGUCUUGGUCUAUGUUUAAUAAUAUGUUAUGUGUAGGGAAUUCGUCCGUAUCUUCAUAUCUAAAUAGUAAUGCUAAGCCUACUAGUAUUAAUGUUUCUGGUUGUACCUCUGCUACUAUAAGGACCUCUGUUAAGAGUGCCCCUUUGCUCUGUACUGCUUAA